AUGUCAAGUGAAGCUGAGAAAAGACAGAAAUUAAGAGAAAGAAGAGCUGCAAAGAUUAAAAAUGGCGCUUCAAGAUUAGGUAAAAUUACAGGUGAUUAUUCAGAAGCUCAAAAAGAUGCUGAAACUAUAAGAACAAAUCCUCUAAGUUCACCAGAAACUAAAUCACCAACUCCAGAACCAAGUAUUGGAAAAGAAACGCCUAUUUCUAAGUCUUCUGGUGCUUCAAAGAGAAUAUCACAAAGUUUUGAUCAUGAAGAUCCAGAAGUUGAAGAUAUAAGUAAUUUUGAGCCAAUUAAAGAAUCAUCAAAAGAAUCAUCAAGAGCUAAUCAACCAUCUGAUCAACUUGAUGAAGCUCAACAAUUUGAACAAAUGUUACAACAAAUGCUAGGAUCAGUUCCACAUCAACAUCAAGGUGAUUCAAACAAUUCAACUGAUGCUCCACAAGGAACUCCAGAUUUUGAUAUUUUCUCAAAACUAUUAAGUGGUGAUGCUAAUGGACAAGGUAAUCCAUUUGGUUCAUUAGGUUCCAUGGGUGCACUACAACAAACCCAAGCACAAAAAAAUCAAUCCCAAGGUUAUGAUCCAGCGCAUCCAGAUGUCAAUUUAGAACAAAUUGAAUAUCAAAAACAAUUGAGUGAAUAUAAUAAAAUUCAAAAUGAUAAAUUUAAAGCAAAAUUCAUGUUAUUUAAAUUUAUUAUUUCAUUUGGGUUAACAAUUUAUUUUUUUGGUAUUCAAGGGUUUUAUUCAUCAUCUGUGGAAAUUUUCAGAAUUCAUAAAUUAGAUUCAGGUUUUAGUAAAAUUUGGUUAACUUUAGAAAUUUUAUUUACUUCAUAUUAUGCAUUACAUUUAAAUAAGAUUCAAGAUUCUCAUUAUAAUUAUAAUUCAAAAAUUUUGAAAAUUUUAGGAUAUGUUCCUGAUAUGUUUUUAUCACCAUAUUAUAAAAAUAAAAUUAGAUGGUUUGUUAAAUAUCAAGAAUUAAUUCAUUUAAUUAUUUUUGAUUUAAGUGUUAUUAUUUUCCUUUUUGGUAUACUUUCAUUUUGGCAUAGUACUUCAAUUGAAGUAUAA